AUGUCAGGUUACUAUGUUGGACCCUUCGGUCGUAUGUUACCCGCUACCGACGGUCUAUCAACCGAGCAGGAUCCGGAAGGCCCAGCUAAUAAGUCAGAUUCCGGGGAUAACCCAUACCAGCUUCCACCACCACGUGCACCAGCAAACUUGCAAUUUGGAACAGAUCCAUUUUUACGACAACGAGAAAAUGCCGAGUCAGGAAUAGGCCCAGGGGAGGCUGCUUCACAGCCGCAGCCCCAAAGAACCGAACAACUACCCUCUGUGCGACAUUUGUUAACCCCUGCUGCCGGUCCAAACACGCCGCCUGCCUACCAUCAGCCGUUUGGGAAUUCUACGCCUGGGACCGACCAUCGUGAAUACUCCUAUCCGUUUCGUGGGCAUGAGCCAUCACAUUCUUCACAGAUUACUCCAGUCUCUGUGCAAGAUAGAGGGCGCUCAGAAUCAUUCCCGCAGCCACAGACAGGUAACCUUCCGUCACUGUCACAGGUGACUAUGCAUAGUCCUCGAGAUAUGGCACAUCACGCGGCGACACGAAGUGACCCGUCCGCGACUUCCUUCCAGCAUGGUCAAUCACCGUACCACGGAGGGUCAUAUCACGAAAACCCUUCGAGUGUAGGAGACAUCUCAUCUCCCGAGAGCGCGAGUCGAACACAAGCCCAGUCUUCGCUUCCGCUGGUAAUCGACGAACGAUACGUGGAGGGAGAGGGAAUGUGCUAUUUUUAUGCAGAUGGAUCGCAUGUCCCGAAGCUGAUUAAUGGUGUCCUGGUGAAUGCCAAUUGGGGCGUCACCAAGGCUGGAAAACCGAGAAAAAAGAUUGGCACAGGCUUGUCUGACUUGUCGGGAGAAGAAAAUCAAAUGCCAGCCGAACCUACCGAAGUGUGA